AUGGAAGCCAAUCACCGCUACAACUAUUACUCUCUGAGUAUCGCAAUCGUUUUUGUGGCUUGCCUUCUUAUCGGUCGAGUUAUCUAUGCACUAUUUCUAUCACCCUAUUCUCAUGUCCCGGGCCCUAGGAUUUGCAAAGUCACCCGACUCUGGGUAGACCUUCAUGACAUCUUUCUACGACGCAACCAACAGAUUUACAAGUGGCAUGAGAAAUAUGGCCCGGUCGUCCUCAUCGCCCCCGGCGAGGUUUCGGUUUCCAGUGCCGCUUCGACCAAGAUAAUCUACCGUGCAGGCACGCAGCACCCCAAGAGCUCCUUCUUCGACAACUUCACCAUGUACGGUGAGCGCACCAUCUUCACAGCCCUUGGAUGCGUGGACCACCGCGCCAUGCGCAAGUCGACCUUUUCAUUCUACCAACCCACCACCGUCUAUAGCGAUUCCGUCAUGGGACCUCUGCGUCAACGCGUCCAUCUCUUCAAGGAUGAGCUGAACAACAGCGCACAUGCAGAGUCCACAGUCGGCGCCGACAUCUUCAAGCUCACCAACUCGUACGCUUUUGACAACAUCACCUCCCUGGUCUAUGGCCCGAACCACACUUCUCAAUCAUUGGAGUCAGUGAAGGAGAAGCAAACUAUUCUGGAAGACUGGGCAGAAUGUGAGGUCUGGAACAAUCUGCUGUACACUUUCCCCCUCGCCCACAAGUUCAUGAAGUUUGCCAUCACCCACCUCCAGAACCCUCAGUUCCUGCACGCCGAAGAAAAGCUCUUCGAGUGGAAUAUGGAGAGAUUGGACUCUACAAUACAGAAUAUCAGCACAGCUACGGGCCUUUCACUUGUUGGACGCCUGCUCAAAGACAAGAAGGAUAGCGAGGUGCCCCGCAAGACUUUCCUUGCUGCGGAGUGUCUGGACAAUAUUCACGCGGCGCAGACGACGGUUUCUUUGUCGCUGACGUAUGCAAUCUGGCUUCUGGCUGUUCACCGCAGCUGGCAACGCGAGGUCCGCAACGAGCUGCAGAACCUGCCUAUGGAGGAAGACGGGAUGCCUUCUUUUGACGCCAUCAAGAACGCGCCAAUUCUAGAAGCUUGUCUCCGCGAAUCACUCCGAACGAAGCCUCUCUCCAGCGGCCGAGCGGAGAGAAUCGUCCCCGAAACCCACCUGUACGACGAGGUUAUGAUUCCAGCUGGGACAAUUAUUUCAACUUCCACAAUAGCGAUCCAGCAUAACCCUUCCGUCUUCCAGAACCCGCAUUUCUACGACCCAGGUCGUUGGCUGCGAGCGGACGAGGAUGAGCUUCGCGCCAUGGAAAGCCACUACAUCCCGUUCGGAUACGGCGCACGCAUAUGUUUGGGCAAGGCGUUUGCCGUGGCUGAGAUUAAACUUUUGCUGGCGUGUUUAGUACUUAAUUUCGACAUACACGAGAAUGAGCAGUCGGGCACAAACGCGACCUCGAUGAGCCAGCUAGGAACGGAAAAUGCGCUCCCGCGGGGACUCCGAUGCGAUGUUCUCUUCCGGAGAUUACAAAAAGCAUAA